AUAUUCCACUGCUCUACUACGACUACAAGGGAGGGGGGGACUUGGUCACAGCGAAGAAGGGUUUGUCGGUCUUGCUGCGCCUCCUCGGCCACCGCGUCCACGACGGCCUGCCAUCUCCUCCGCGGUUCGGCUCCUUCGCCGGCGUGUCUCACUCGCAACCCGCCCGCCGGCGAACCCGUGGUCGGCGACGCCCUUGCCGCACCCCGCGGAAGUGAACUCGCUCCGGGCCUGGUGAGCCCUGCUGGGCUGCUGCUGCUGCCGCCGCCGCCGGCACGGUCGUCCCGAUCCGCGAAUCGGCGUCCGCGAACUUGCUACAAGUUCUUCCACAUCCAUUGCCACCAAUAGAUAACCCUUGCAGCUCCAAUGGCAAAGCCUGGCAUUCUAGGCCGGAGCAGCAGUAUGCCAAGAUCAAAUGAGGGCAUGAGGCUCAUAUUCUCAGCAGUUAUCGGCGUUAUGCUAGGUUACUUGUUUGGGAUUUCCUUUCCUACAGUUAAUAUAACCAAGCUUCAUUUCCCUUCCAGUAUUGUGUCCUAUAUUGAAGAUAGAAACUCUGGAAUCACAACCCAAACAUUGUUGAACCAUGCAUGGACAUCUGCAAAUAGUCACAAGAAGAACAAUUCUGAUUCGAAGUCUGAUGAAAUUCCUAAGAUUUAUGUUACCUCAAACCCUAAAGGUGCUGAAAGGCUUCCACCAGGCAUUGUCGUGUCUGAAACAGACCUUUAUCCGCGAAGAUUAUGGGGUGAACCUAGUGAGGAUCUUACUAUCCAGCCAAGGUACCUUGUUACAUUUACAGUUGGAUAUGCGCAAAAGGCAAAUAUUGAUGCAGCAGUUAAAAAGUUCUCGGAGAAUUUCACAAUUAUGUUGUUCCACUAUGAUGGCCGGACUACUGAAUGGGAUGAAUUUGAGUGGUCAAAAAGGGCUAUCCAUGUCAGUGUUAGCAAGCAGACUAAAUGGUGGUAUGCCAAGCGAUUUUUACAUCCUGAUGUUGUUGCGCGGUAUGACUACAUAUUUAUCUGGGAUGAGGAUCUAGGUGUUCAACAUUUCAAUGCAGAGGCGUACAUUGAGCUAGUUAAAAAGCAUGGCCUAGAGAUCUCUCAACCUGGCUUGGAACCUGAUAGAGGUCUGACAUGGCAAAUGACCAAGCGACGAGGUGACCGAGAAGUUCACAAAGUAACCGAAGAGAGGCCAGGCUGGUGUACCGAUCCCCAUCUGCCACCAUGUGCAGCAUUCGUCGAAAUUAUGGCGACUGUGUUCUCUAGGGAUGCGUGGCGCUGCGUAUGGCAUAUGAUUCAGAACGACUUGAUCCAUGGAUGGGGUCUCGAUUUUGCUCUUAGGAAAUGUGUGGAGCCAGCUCAUGAGAAAAUUGGAGUGGUUGAUGCUCAGUGGAUCGUUCACCAGGGUGUCCCGUCACUUGGUAACCAGGGCAAGUCAGAGAAUGGAAAGGCACCAUGGGAAGGGGUAAGAGGACGUUGCAGAAAAGAAUGGGGCAUAUUCCAGUCAAGGUUGGCCGACGCGGAGAAGAAAUAUUACUUGGAUCAAGGGAUCACGCUGCCGAAUUCAACAUCAUCUUAGGCGAAUUCGUGCGGCGGCACAAGGAGUAGCCGCGGUAAGGUUUCUGUUCUGGGAACCUGGCCCUUUUACGUGCUCAGUAUGUUCACCAAAGCAGCUGCCGCAAUAUUAAGCUGAAGCUCCAGGGCCAGAUCUGUACAUUGGGAUGUCGCGGGGGAUCAAGAGCAUAUGUUGCACCAGAGGGGUGGCACGUGCGAAUAACCAAACUUCUGUAUCAUAUUAUUGUACCGACGCGUUGCAGAGCAUCAGUUUAUUUAGUCACUUAGAUUAACUUCCAA